AUGGCCAACAGCACAAACGCACCGGCUCCCGUGCUCAGCACGCCGGGGCCCUUCCCCGUAGGCAUCCCCGAACCCGGCACAAGCUCGCUGUGGGACCGGCUGUCCUCGUGGGCGGCGGAGAACAAGGGCGUCGUCUACACCGUGGCCGGCGUGACGCUCGUCGUGGGAGCCGGCGGCGCCCUGUACUACUUCAACUCGUCCGACUCGUCCACGGACGCAUCGGCGCCCGGCGCGGCGAACAAGCGUAAGAAGCAGCGCGAGCGGAGGCGCGAGAAGGAGCGCGCGGCCAAGGAGACGGCGGCCACGGACGAGCCCAAGCCAGAGGCAAAGAAGGCGCCAGCCGCGCCCACCGAGGACGAGCUGCCCGCGGUCGACGAGAGCACAGUGGGCGCGCUGUCGGACGAGGAGCGCAAGGACUACGCGGCCAAGCUCAAGGCCGCCGGCAACAAGGCGUACGGCUCCAAGGACUACAACCGCGCCAUCGACCUGUACGGCAAGGCCAUCCUGUGCAGGCAGGACCCCGUCUUCUACUCGAACCGCGCCGCGUGCCACAACGCCAUGUCCGACUGGGACAAGGUCAUCGACGACACCACCGCCGCCAUCAACCUCGACAACGAGUACGUCAAGGCGCUCAACCGCCGCGCCAACGCCUACGAGCAGGUCGAGCGCAACAGCGAGGCCCUCCUCGACUACACCGCCAGCUGCAUCAUCGACGGCUUCCGCAACGAGAGCAGCGCCCAGAGCGUCGAGCGCCUGCUGAAGAAGGUCGCCGAGCAGAAGGGCAAGGCCAUCCUCGCCUCCAAGGAGAAGAAGCUGCCCAGCCCCACCUUUGUCACAAACUACCUGCAGAGCUUCCGCCCCCGGCCCGCCCCCGCCGGCCUCGACGACGACGCCGAGCUCGACGCCGAGUCUGGCAAGGCCCAGCUGCGCAAGGGCCUCAAGGCCAUGGCCACCAAGACGGCCGAGGGCUACGCAGAGGCCGCCGCCGCCUUCGACCGCGCCCUCGAGCUUGGAGACCUUGGCGACCACGAGGCGUUUGCGUAUAACAUGCGUGGAACCUUCCGCUACCUCAAGGGCGACAAUGAGGACGCGCUGCAGGAUAUGGACAAGAGCGUCGAGCUCCAGCCCGCGCUGACACAGAGCUUCAUCAAGCGCGCCAGCAUGCACUUGGAGCUGGCCAACCCCGAGGCCGCCGAAGCCGACUUCGCCACCGCCCUGGCGCAGAACGAAAAGGACCCCGACAUCUUCUACCACCGCGCACAACUCCACUUCAUCAAGUCCGAGUUCGGCGAGGCCGCAAAGGACUACCAGCGCUCCAUCGACCUCGACGAGUCCUUCAUCUUCUCCCACAUCCAGCUCGGCGUCACGCAAUACAAGAUGGGCUCCAUCGCCUCUUCCAUGGCCACCUUCCGCCGCUGCAUGAAGAACUUCUCCCAGGUCCCCGACGUCUACAACUACUACGGCGAGCUGCUCCUCGACCAGCAAAAGUACCAGGAAGCCAUUGAGAAGUUCGACACGGCCGUCGAGAUGGAGAAGUCGAGCAAGCCGCUCGGCAUGAACGUCCUCCCCCUCAUCAACAAGGCGCUUGCCCUCUUCCAGUGGAAGAACGACUUUGGCGACGCCGAGAAGCUGUGCGAGAAGGCCCUCAUCAUCGACCCGGAGUGCGACAUUGCCGUAGCCACCAUGGCGCAACUGCUCCUGCAGCAGGGCAAGGUCACCGAGGCCCUCAAGUACUUUGAGCGCGCAGCCGAGCUGUCGCGGACAGAAGGCGAGAUUGUCAACGCACUCAGCUACGCCGAGGCCACACGAACACAGCUCGAGGUGCAGGAGAAGUACCCUAAGCUGGCAAGCCGACUGGGCGCCAUGGGCGCAGCCGCCGGCGCAGGAGGCUUUGGCAUGCGGUAA